GAAAAUUAAAUUAUCUUCGACGCCUUAAUACGCAACGAUUUGAUAAAAUGGCAGCAAAUACAGAAUCAAACCAACGUUUGCUUGAAAUAAACGUGAAUACUCUGCUCCCAAAGUGUUUCAGGAAAAAGACAGUCACGGAAGUGGAUUAUGUAAAUCACAUGCAUGAUGGUCGCAUCUAUAAGCCAAACAAGAUAUUUAGAUAUCAAACCGAUCCGGCAUUGAUCGCUGGUCAUUGUGCGAACAAUCUUAAGGUAAAUAAUCUACAGAUAAAGACUCGAACAUGGCCGUAUGCCAUGGACUGGCGCGAGGAGUACCGUCAAUUUUUGAAACGGACAAAGUGGUGUAACGAGCAUGUCUAUAAACUAUUUUUUGAGUGCCCACCGGUACGCUAUGAUCAGAUUGAAGAUUUCCUAAUAGAUCUGCGGAGAACUGUUUACGGCUCGGAUUACUCACCGAACGAAUAUGCAUCGCUGCUUAGCCAAAGAACUGUAAAAGCAGAUAUUACCGAUCCGAAAUGCGAUUCCAAGGAUAUACUGACUACCUAUGGCAAUUAUUACAACCGUCUUGAAGAACUUAACAAAGAUGGCAAACUGUAUCAGGGACCGCCACCAAAGGAUAUGACCAUCGAGACUUUUGCUCAAAAUAUGCGCAAGCUCUUUCGUAAAUACGGACUAACUACAUACUAUGAGGACAUUUGCCUUCCCGCAUUGGUAGCUGCUAAAGAGGGUAAAAUGCCAACUGGACCUAUUGAUCGCUAUACAUUGCGUAAAUAUUAAAGAAAUGUUGAUGAGAUUAUUUUCGACUUACACGUGUUGCCAUUCAUGAAAGAGUGGAAGAAUACGAUUGGAACGAGUAACAGGCACAAAAAUCAUUGCGUAUCUCAAAUAAACAGUUGUGUCCUGCAAAUAUGA